GCACACCACACGCACACCGGAAGGGGGGAAAAACUGGCCAAGGCUUCUGACGCGCUUAGCCCCUCCCGCGGAAGAAAACGGUUUGUGCGUUUCCCUCGGGUGUGUGUGAGUGAGUGUCCUGAUCCGCAAUAUCAAGGGCCAAGUGUGGCGUUUUCAACCGCAAGACAGCAGACUACCGGAUAACGCGAACCGAGAUUUUUUUUUCUUUUUUUCUUUUUUUCUCUUUUUCUCUUUUUACGUUUUGAGGCUUAACCCGAUGACAUCAGUCCCCUCUCCCCUCUUUUCUUCCCCGCACUUUGGACAGACCUCCCUUCUUGCACAUCCCCAUCUGCUGAGCCACGGCUUGUCCUCCUUCCGUUCGCCGUCUCGAUCCGGAAACAAAAACGAAAGGUUCAGGGAAACAAUCGGGUACUUUGUUCCAAUUCCACGGACGCUUCAGCCGAAACAUUUCGGCAAAACCUGAUUCGGAGGACUCCCAGAAAUUUGAAAGGCAUCUCUCCCCCACAGCAUACCAGCACCGGAAUUGGGAAGGUCUGUCUGUUGAUCAUGUCUAGUAAGUCUCACACUUCAUUGGGGGGGAGGGGUAGUUUGGUUCAUAGGUUGGCUCCCUUACAAGUCACGGAGCAAGACCCACUGGUAUCUUGAACCAUCAAACCCGCAAAAGGGGUAGAGGGAAUUUCCGUGCAGUAGUGCGAACUGGGCCGGGGGAAGGAUGUAUCGUGGAGGAGGGAGAGCAGGCCCUUCUAACAUGGCUUGCCCCCUUUAGACAAGCACUUCGUCAACGAUCCCGUCCGUCUCUUGAACUCGGCCCUUAGCUCAGUCCCUCUGGCGAAUCCAUCCCUGGCUCUCGAUGCGGAGAACAAAAUCGUCUAUUGCAAGCCUUCUCCAGAAUCCCAUGUUGGUCGAGUAGCAAUCAUCUCAGGCGGGGGAGCGGGCCACGAGCCUAGCUUCGUGUCGUAAGUUUGUGUUUUCCCAUAACUUGCACCUUUUUGGUCGUUUUUCCCCUUAGAUAUCAUUCUCGGUCCUCCAGCAAGGGGGGUGAUGGAAGGUGAAAGAAAAAAAAAUCCGCAAUUAACCACGAAAAUUUUAUUUGGAGAAGGAGUUUUUUAAUUGCUAAAUUCCUCUCGAUAAUCCAAUCAUUAGUUUUGUCGGAGAUGGCGUCCUCCGAGCUGCCGUUUCUGGCUCAAUUUUCGCUUCACCGUCAGUGAAACAGAUCUAUAGCUGCAUCACUCGCAGGGUGAACCCAAAUUCUGGUGUCCUCCUCAUAGUGAUGAAUUACACUGGGGACGUCCUGCACUUUGGUCUCGCCAGCGAGAAAGCGAAGGCCGCCGGUGUUGAUGUAGACAUGGUGGUGGUUGCCGACGACGUUGGGGUCGGCCGGGAGAAGAACGGGAAAGUCGGCAGACGCGGGAUUGCGGGAACUGUUCUUGUUCAUAAGAUUGUUGGAGCACUGGCUGCUGCUAGGACGGAAGCUUGUUCAUUGAAGGAAGCUUCGGCUUUAGCUUCACUUGUUGCAGCUAAUCUUGUGUCUGUAGGUUCGUCACUCGCUCACGUGCACGUGCCUGGUCGAGCGGUAACUUCCGACGAGGAUGAUGAGGGGUCACUCAAGCCGGAUGAGAUAGAGAUUGGGAUGGGGAUUCAUAAUGAGCAGGGGUAUAAGAGGAUGAAGAUUCCAAAGCUUCCGGAGCUAGUUGAGAUACUCUUAGGCCAACUCUUGAGUAAAGAGGAUAAGGACAGGAAUUAUCUUGAAGAUGUGGACAAGAUUGAGGGCUGGGUUCUUAUGCUCAAUAAUCUUGGUGGUGUAAGCCCCCUAGAGAUGGGUGCAAUCACUGCAGAGGUUGUGAAGCAGCUCAGUGCGUCAGUUCCGGGCGUGGCACGUUAAAAGCUGCAUACUGAUUCGACCCUCUUAGACUCAACCUACUCUAUCCAGCCAAAGAGGAUCUUUUCCGGCGCUUUCAUGACCUCCCUCAAUGGAAAUGGUUUCAGUAUCAGCCUGCUCAGGCUUGUCGACACAGGCCUUGGCGAAGGCAAGUCCAUGCUAGACCUCCUCGAUGCGCCCCACGAAUCCCUCGGGUGGUCCGCCCCAGUAAAGCAGGAAACCUGGGCCAAUGGGGACAGGCAAACUCAAAGCUCAGAGAGCGAUGCGAAGGAAGAACCAAUUCCGCCCUCGGGACUGAAACGUAAGCAAUUCAUCUCCGAACCCCCCGGAUCUUGGCCAAACCCUAACACGACCCCAUCUCCCAGUGAACGUCAGCCAAUUCAGCCACACCCUCUCCAGCGCCCUCAAAGCCCUUAUAAAAGCGGAACCGGAGCUCUCCCGCUACGACGAAAUAGUCGGUGACGGCGACUGCGGUUCAGCAUUGAAAAAUGGCGCCGAAGCCAUAAUUCAGCUAAUCAGCGCCAACGGGAUCAGCCCAGAUGCCGUAAUUACCGUCAGCACAUUAGCGGAAGUGGUAGAAGCGAACAUGGACGGAACUUCCGGCGCCUUAUACUCGUGAGCCCAUGCAUUCAUCAUCAAUCAUUUACUCGAAGAGCUAAUUUUUUUUAAAAAAAAAUGAUAGUAUCUUCCUAAACUCCCUUGCUAAAGCCCUCCGCGAAGCCGGAGCGGGCGAGGCAAGUUUGGGGGUAUGGGCCAAGGCGGCCAUGACGGCGCUGGUCUCGUUGAGGAAGUACACCCCUGCGCAGCCCGGAGACAGGACUUUGGUGGAUGCACUGCAGCCCUGCAUUAUUUCGUUGGUGGAGGGCGGGGACGUUAGGAAGGCAGCGAGAGCUGCAAGGGAAGGCGCGGAGAGUACGAGGGGGAUGAAGGCGUCACUUGGUAGGAGUGUCUAUGUGGGUGAGGUGGGAGAUACCCCGGACCCGGGGGCUGUUGGGAUUGCGGUGCUUAUGGAGGGGUUGGCCGAAGCAGUUUGAUAGUUUUGGGGGGGGGGAGGGAUUAUUGAGGCGGUAUACCUGGAUUAUAAGGGUUCAAACAGGAAUCGUUAGUGAAUUGAUUGGCUGUGGUUCUCGAGUG